CUCAGCAUCAUGGCUGCGGAUGCUGCGGAUGCUUUCCUCCUGCUCCGCAUCCCAGCACCAUGGCAGCUGACCCUGCUGCUUCUCCUCGUGUCACAUCUUCCUGUCAGGACUCACGGCUUGUUAGGCUUUCGUCCGGAGGACACAAGCCCAACUCUGUCGGUGCAGGGUGGAUUGCUGAGGGCGACCGAGGGAACUCGCUUCGUGCUGCGGGUUUACUAUGCAGCAUCACCGCAGAGGCUAAACCGAAGCUCGAGCGUCAGAUCCGACCACACCACUGCACCAUGGAUCGCGUUCGUGGAGGAGCCAGAACCUGGCCGGGAGGGACAGGCGCAUCCGAAGAAGAACUUAUGCGUGGAAGAGAGCGCACGAAGUUCCGACAUAGAGCUGCUGGGCUCGUUCAGAUCGGCCUCGAGUCAGAACUCCAUCCUGGUGGAACUGCUAGCCAAAGAUCUGCGGAGAGGGGAGAAAGUGAAGUACUAUUCCAUGUGUGCCUUUGACGGGUCCAAGUGGGAGCACUUUAGGACGAGGGACUUCUGGCUUGCAGUGGUUGAGCGACCACCGCAUGCAGACAGCUGGCUUCAGGCGUCUGUGUCAGUUCUGCUCUUGGCACUGUCUGCACUAUUCAGCGGGCUGGUUAUAAGCAUGCUUGCCCUCGAUCCCGUGGAGCUCAAAGUGCUCCAAAAUAGUGGUACAGAGAAGGAGCAGAAGUACGCAUGGAAGAUCGAGUCCGUGCGCAAACACGGCAACUAUGUGCUCUGUACUUUAGUGUUGUGCAACGUGCUGACCAAUACGUUCUUAGUGGUGUGGAUGUGCCAAAUUCUUGGAGUCACACCCCUCUCGACCGCCGUCUGCACUUUUCUCAUCUUUUUCGUUGGAGAGAUCCUCCCGCACUCGGUUGCGUCUAGACACGGUCUGGCCAUUGCGUCUAAAACAAUCUGGAUAACUAAACUGCUCAUGCUGGUCACUUUUCCAAUCACCUACCCUAUCAGCAAGCUAUUGGACAACAUGUUGCACCAAGAAAUCAGUAACUUCUACACACGUGAAAAGUUACUGGCCAUGCUACGGGUCACAGAUCCGUAUCACGAUCUGGUCAAAGAGGAGCUCAACAUCAUACAGGGCGCCCUGGAGCUCAGGACCAAAACAGUCGAUGAUGUCCUGACCCCUCUGAACGAUUGUUUUAUGCUGUCUUCUGAUGCUAUUCUGGAUUUCUACACCAUGUCUGACGUUAUGCAGAGUGGCUACACUCGGAUCCCUGUGUUUGAAAACGAGAGGUCAAACAUUGUUGAUAUUCUGUUUGUUAAAGAUCUGGCGUUUGUCGAUCCAGAUGACUCUACCCCUUUGAAAACCAUCACCCAGUUCUACAAGCAUCCUUUGCAAUGUGUUUUCAAUGAUACCAAGCUCGAUGCAAUGCUAGAGCAGUUCAAGAAAGGCAAAAGUCAUUUGGCUAUAGUGCAGCGAGUCAACAACGAAGGUGAAGGUGACCCUUUCUAUGAGGUUAUGGGCAUCGUUACUCUGGAGGAUGUUAUUGAAGAGAUCAUCAAGUCAGAAAUUGUGGAUGAAACUGAUUUAUACACUGAUAAUCGUACUAAGAGACGGGUGUCCCAUCAUGAGAGGAAACAGCAAGACUUUUCCAUCUUUAAACUCCCUGAAAGUGAGAUAAAAGUGAACGUCUCUCCUCAGCUGCUGCUGGCCACUCACCGCUUUCUCGCUACAGAAGUGGAGCCUUUUAAACCUGCAUACAUAUCAGAGAAGAUCCUGCUGCGCCUUAUUAAGCACCCGAGCGUUGUUCAGGAGCUCAAGUUUGAUGAGAAGAAAAAGAAAUCGCCAAAGCACUACCUCUACCAGCGCAACAAGCCUGUUGAUUAUUUUGUGCUGAUUCUGCAGGGUCGAGUGGAGGUAGAGAUUGGCAAAGAAGGACUAAAGUUUGAAAAUGGGCCUUUUACAUACUACGGCAUGCCCGCCAUCAUGGCCGUCCUACCCACAGUUCACAGGUCACCAUCACGGAGCAGCGGACUAAACCAUUCUGACACCACCAUUCACGGGGGAAGUCAGAGCCAACUGAGCAUAGGUGGAGGAGCUUACCUACCAGAUUAUUCUGUUCGACAGCUCACUGACCUACAGAUUAUCAAGGUCACCCGUAAUCACUACCAGAACGCUCUGACAGCCACCCGCAUGGACAGCUCACCUCAGACUCCUGAUGCAGACAACCAGGCCGGAGGAGAGAGAACCACACUACCAGAGACUCGCUCCAACAGUAUCGCUUUACCCCUACCUCGCUCACACUACAACGCACACCACUUCAGACAGCCCCACAGCACCUCCACACUCAACGAGAGGAACCGUAUUGUUCGGAGUAAAUCAGACGGGCAGAAGAGCCCCAGUGACUCUGUAUUUCUGCGCAUGGAUGAGACUCCGUACAUGCGGACAGAAUGUCUCGAGGAAAAAGGAGAAACUGAAAGUAUUACUGUACCUACAGAAACUGGUGUGUCCAUGUCUCAGCUAAUCAGUUCACACUCUCUGAAUGGAUCAGAUGAGACAUUGGGCAAGAAGUUACUGCGCAAACUGAGCAACAAAAAGCAGAAAAGGUCACGUGAUGGAGAGAAGCCAAUGGAGGACAACUGUGAACAGUCCCAGGUGAAAACCUAGCACUCCAGUAAAGGGCUUCAGGCUUCACAUCUCACAAACCUGUAUCGCCCACCAAUGUGAAAUGUACUGCAGUCCCCUGUCUGACUUAAAAAGGAUAAAAGCUUAAUAUGCAGAGAUCAA